ACAGAGAAAAAGCGUUACAGCCUGCAGCACCUCGGACAGUGCAGGAGAGCGCGAGCAGCAGCAGCAGCAGCAGCACCUCGGACAGUGCCAGACACAGCGAGCGCCAAAGCAUUCAGCCCAGACUCACUGGGACCGACCCAACAUGCCUAAAGGUUUCCUGGUCAAGCGCAACAGGAAGUCCCCGCCGGUGUCCUACCGAGUGCGGGAAGAUGAGGAGAACCGCGGGGAGUCGCUCCCGGGCUGGAUGCUCUUAGCGACCAUGUGUCCCACCGGCGGGGCCCCACCUCCUUCCAGUCCCGAAAGACUCGCCUCCGCGGCCCCAUCCUGCAACAACCCCCGGCCGCCCCCCGCCGGUCAGUUCGGGAACCCCGAGGCGGUGCCGCAGACUCUGUACAGCCCGACCCGCCCGGUCAGCCGGGAGCAGCGCGAGAGGAAAUACCUGGGAUCCCCGGUGUCUGCAGAGUCUUUCCCGGGCCUGGGCAGCUCCAGCGAGGCGCUCCUCUUCCCUCCCACGAGCACUGCCAAUGGGCAUCACGGACUGGCGCUCCUGCCCCCGGUCUCCUCCUCCUCUUCCAUCAGCCGCACUCACGGCAAGAGACCGGCCCCCGAGCCCGACGUUAAAGCCGGCGCUGCCCCCGGCACUGCCUGUAAACCCCCCGCCGCCAAGAAAACCAAAGCCAUCCGCAAGUUGACCUUUGAGGACGAGGUGACAACAUCCCCGGUGCUCGGGCUGAAAAUCAAGGAAGGACCGGUGGAGCCUCCCCGCCCUCGUGCCCCCAGCUCCGGCCCCCGACCCCUGGGCGAGUUCAUCUGCCAGUUGUGUAAGGAGGAGUACAGCGACCCCUUCUCUCUGGCACAACACAAAUGCUCCAGAAUCGUCCGGGUAGAAUACCGCUGCCCAGAGUGCCACAAGGUGUUCAGCUGCCCCGCCAACCUGGCCUCCCACCGCCGCUGGCACAAGCCCCGACCCCCAGCCGUCCCCGCAGUCCAACCCAAGGAAGAGGCCCUGAGUGACCGGGACACCCCCAGCCCCGAGUCCGGCUCAGAAGACGGUCUGUACGAGUGCCCGCGGUGCGCCCGCAAGUUCCGGCGUCAGGCUUAUCUGAGGAAACACCUGCUGUCGCACCAAGUGGCCAAGGAGCCGGAAGAGGCCGGUCACAUGAUGUACCAGAGCGACGAGCAGCGGCCUCAAGCCAAGAGUCCCCCCAGCCUAAAUGUCCCCCAGGAGUGUCACCCGUGCCCUGUGUGCGGAGAAACCUUCCCGGGGAAGAGCAGCCAAGAGCGUCACAUCCGCCUCCUUCAUUCCUCUCAGCUGUACCCCUGCAAAUACUGCCCCGCCACCUUCUACAGCUCCCCCGGCCUCACCCGCCACAUCAACAAGUGUCACCCCUCCGAGAACAGACAGGUCAUCCUGCUGCAAGUGCCCGUGCGCCCGGCCUGCUGAGCCCGCAACAACUUCUUAGGACUUAGGGGUCACUCGUUGGGUCAGACUGCAGAUCUAGGGGAGCGGGUAGAGACCUUCAGUCCUGUUGCAGAGCGACCUGGUGCUGAACUCUGCCUGCUGUGCCCCUUAAAUGGACAAUGGAAGGGACCAUCUUGCACUAAAGGGGGGGGGGUUGUGCCCUACCGAUACCUAUAGACUCACUGCCCCAACACUCACACACACACUCCCCUUAAAGAUUUUCAAGAAGCUCCUGCUGUGGCCACGGGACUCGCAUUCCUGACUAGUCUGUGCCUUUCCCGACGCAUCCAAUGCCAUUCUGCCCACAGGGCACUGCCACCCGCCAAAUCAGCAGCCGACCACAGCAGCCAUAGGCCCAAGUGCAUUACAUUGUGGUUAUUGUGCUUUAAAGCGACUCAGCGUUAUCUCCAUGACCCCCCUCAGUGCCCAAGUGGUCCAUUCCGACCCGGGGACACUCACAACGGGGGAGGGGGAGCACUUUCUGCUUUAUUUAUUGUGUCGAUUUCCUCGGAAUCUGUGUCUGUGCAAAUGACUGUGUCCGCCCAUGAGUCGCUUCUACAAUGAGAUAAAUGUAUAUUGCCCAGUUGCCAUCCACUCACUGUUACAGCAUUUGUGAUGCCCUGACACUCGCCUCCCCCCCCCGCCAGUUGGAUGUGCUCAUUCCAGUGACUGCUGCUUGUGACACCGACAGCUCAGAAUUGGGAGGGCAAAGUUAUUUUUUUUCGGGGGGGGGGGGGGGGCUCAUUUGUUCACUGUAUGUUUUAAAAAUGGUCAGAUCGCAGGGUUUGUGGUGUAAGUGAUGUGCUUAACCCCUGCAAUGCUGGAGGGAGCUGCAGUAAUUUGUAGAGUAUCCCCCCCUCCAGUCUGACUCAGUUAAACCCAUCGCUGCCAUUAGGGAGACACCCCCCCCUCCCAGCAGCAGUUAAUGUCGCCUGUGCUUUUGUAGCCUCUUGUCUUGAUAUCAAUGUGCUUUGUAGCCUAUGGGGUUAAUGUUCUGCCUUGAUGCCCCCCGGCCUGCACUCUCUCUACUCUCCCAUUAGCUUUAUACACUGGCCGGGGGGCUGCUCAACUCUGUCUUUCUCUCCUCAUUUUUGGGGGAAGGAGGAGACUUUACUUUAGUCUUAGCCACAAAUGCCUUGAAGUCAUUAUUUUCUCUAUUAACUCUGGAGUAGUCACUGCCUUGUCCCCCCCAGUGUAGGACCAACACUCCAUGGACCUUGGCUCCUUUAAACUUUUGUGUCACUUGUUUUCUUCCCCCUCAUUCUCUAAAAUCUGUUGUGUAAGCCCCGCCCCCAUGCGUUCACUAUCCCAAAUGUAUAUGUUGAUUUUAUGAUUAAUUAUGUUUAUUUAUUUUUUAUUUAUUGACGAGAAUGAUGAAGAUAUGACUUUUAUUCGAUCUCUUUCGUUGCCUAGAUAUACAUAUAUAUAUUUUGCCAUGACUUCUCACUGUGGAUUUCAGCUUUUCCUUCGCUUUAAACCCUGAACUGAACGAGAGAAUGUAGAUCAUUGUCACCUUCUUAUAGCUCUUAUGUCUAGACAAAAUCUCUUUUGUACACAACAUUAUUUUCCUAACUGUAAUAGGCAUUUAUUAGAGUGCUUCAAUAGAACUGUUCUACUGUCUAACGAUUUGCUAUUCAAAUAAAAUUAUUUUCAAAUUCAAA